AAAAAGUAGAGAAGAAAGUUUUGCAGUGACAUGCAGUAAGUAGUAAUACCCAGAAAUAAGGAUCAGCUGCAGAAAGAGCAGUGCCUUGUGUAGUGGAAGGGGAAGGGGAGCCUCAGACCACAAUGACGUUCUCCAUCCAGCUGUUGAUCGACGCCGUCGUGCUGCUGACAGUGACAGCCACCUUCUUGCUGUUUUGGGCAAAGAGGAGGAAGAGGAGAGAAGGGGAACCUCCUUUGGAAAAUGGAUGGAUUCCAUACAUAGGUAUGGCUUAUCAGUUCAGGAAGGAUACUUUAAAAUUUCUGAUUUCUCAGCAAGAAAAACAUGGGGAUGUCUUCACAAUCUACGUUGCAGGCAGAUAUUUAACAUUUAUCAUGGAUCCAACCCAAUUCCAGUAUGUCAUUCGAAAUGGCAAGAAACUUGACUUUCAUGAAUUCUCCAACGAAAUGGCAUCCAGGACGUUUGACUACCCACGCCUGUCAGAAUCAAAGUUCCCGCAGCUCCAGGACAGCAUGCACAAAACCUAUAAAAUCAUGCAGGGUAAGCCUUUGGACAAACUUACUGACAGCAUGAUGAUAAAUCUCCAACGUGUAUUCAAAUGGAAAUUCUCACAAGCAACAGAUUGGAGAACAGAAAAUAUGUAUCAGUUCUGCUGCUCUAUCAUGUUUGAAGCCAGUUUUAUGACACUCUAUGGAAGAGAUCCUGUUGCAGAUGGUCGUAACGUUAUUAGUGAAAUGAGAGAAAAAUUUACAAAGUUUGAUGCCAAGUUCCCCUAUCUCGUCGUCAAUGUACCAAUUGCGUUGCUAGGAGAUACCAAGUCUAUUCGGGAACAACUCAUCCAGUAUUUUAUGCCUCAUAAGAUGAACGUCAGGUGUGACCUGGCUGAGGUGAUAGAAGCCCGGAAAGACAUCCUGGAAAAUUAUGAUGUGCUACGAGAUUAUGACAAAGCAGCCCAUCAUUUUGCCUUCCUUUGGGCCUCUGUGGGGAACACGAUUCCGGCUACAUUUUGGGCCAUGUACUACCUGGUGAGGCACCCAGAAGCCCUUGCAGCAGUGCGUGACGAAAUUGACCAUUUGCUGCAGUCAACAGGUCAGAAGAAGGGGCCAAACUAUGACAUCCAUAUCACCAGAGAACAGUUGGACAGCCUGGUUUUGCUGGGUAGUGCUAUCAGUGAGUCACUGCGCUUGUGCUCUGCAUCCAUGAAUAUACGGGUGGUCCAGGAGGAUUUUCAGCUGGAACUUGAGGUUGGCCAUACAGUAAAUCUCAGGAAAGGUGAUUUUGUGGCCCUUUACCCUCCAACUCUGCACAAAGACCCUGAGAUCUUUGAAGAUCCUGAGGAAUAUAAGUUUGAUCGAUUUGUUGAAGAUGGAAAGGAGAAAACUACAUUCUACAAAAAGAACAAAAAGCUAAAAACUUUCCUGAUGCCAUUUGGUUCCGGAAACACCAAAUGUCCUGGACGGUUCUUUGCCCUGAAUGAAAUCAAGCAGUACCUUGCGGUUCUUCUUAUGUACCUGGAUAUGGAGAUAGUUGAAGACAAGUUUGUUGGUUUAGAUAACAGUCGCGUAGGACUUGGAGUCCUUCUUCCUAAUUCUGAUAUUGAUUUUCGCUUCAGACAUCAGAAAUGUGACACUUGAUAAUGCUAUAUCUUUAUUUUAUUGCAUUACUAUUAUUCUUUGAACAAACCUAUUCAAUUACCAAUAAUCUCAGAGGUGUGUCAGCAUGUCUUGGGAAAACUUCUCAAUGUGUUUUAUAAUAGAACAAUUACAAUAGUAAUAAUGGAUGUAGCCCAUGUAGCUGAGACGUUCUUGGCUUCUGGUAGGAUUUAUGAUUGCAUUGCUACUUGCUAAGAAAACUCCAAUCAAUAAUCUGUACAACUAUAACAAUGGCUUCUUAUCAGGCCUACUAAUGAAACAGAUUUUAUUGAAUAUCUCAUGAGUUAGGGGCUGCUCCGUCCCCUGUAACUAAAAACAACAAAAGCAUCUCCCAUGGGACUUUACGGCAGCCAAAAACUGUUAAAACAACAUGUUUAAAAGAUGAAAGCUUUAUUUGUACACAUGUUAGUUAAAAUUGCAUCCAUACAUCUAAGGUAUCAGGUCUAUGCAUUAUACAUAAUUAUCUGGUUGUCUUCCCAACUAGGGGUUACUACAGAGUACAUUGUGCAAAAAUCAAAUGUUGCUAACCACUAAUUCUUACUGAUGUGUUUCGAUUGAAUUUAAUCUUCCUAAUGGUAUAUCAGAUGGAUCAUGCAGAUAAACCAGAGUGCAAAGAUAGAACAUGGAAGAAGCCAAGGAUGGUAAACGAUAGGGAUCACCAUUGGAUCCUGGGCAUAACUGUGUGGAGGGGGGCCCCUGAAGGAGUAUAGAUCAUGCUCCCUCUUCCAUAAUCAAAUCUUUUUUCUCUAGGCGUUGUUAGGCCAUCAGUUUGGGUUAGGCUUGGGGGACCAUUGGCCACGUUGCCCUGUCUUGUGAUUUAUCCUUGGGAUGUGCUGCAACAAUCAUAUUUCUUUGCACCCUGGUUUAUCUAUACAUGCUUGAUCUAUUUGAUAUUCCCUGAGGAAGAUUAAUUUCAAUCGAAACGCAUUAGUAAGAAUCAGUAGUUAUCAAUACUUGAUUUUUGUACAAUUUACUCUGUAGUCACCCCUAUUUGGGAGACAACCAGAUGAUUAUGUAUAAUACCCAGACCUGAUACCUUUGAUGUAUGGAAGCAAUUUUAACUAAUAUGUUGUACAAAUAAAGCUGAUUACUGAUUGGUGGCUGUUGUUAUAGUGCAUCACAUGGGGAAUCUAUUUUUUAUUAAAGCGGGGAUUCACC